UUCGAAUUGAUCAAUUCAACUUCAACCGAACAUCAACGUCUUCUGCAUAUCAUUUCAAGACCGCAAAUCAUUUACUAGGCGCUCAUUGCAACAUAGUGCGAUCUUAAUAUUAACCUCAAAUCAUCACCUCCUCAUUUGCGCAAUCAAUACUCGUUCAUCAUGGCUGAAGGUGGUGGUAUCGAUCGUCGCGCUGACGAGAAGAUGGAGUUUUCUACCUCCAAAGAGGUUACGGUGCACCCAACCUUUGAGUCGAUGUCUUUGAAGGAAAACCUUCUUCGCGGCAUCUACGCGUACGGUUACGAGUCGCCCUCCGCCGUCCAGUCUCGAGCCAUCGUCCAAAUUUGCAAGGGACGAGACACGAUCGCUCAAGCACAAUCCGGAACAGGAAAAACCGCCACAUUUUCCAUUUCCAUGCUCCAGGUCAUCGAUACUGCUAUUCGCGAGACCCAGGCCCUCGUUCUCUCUCCCACACGCGAACUUGCAACCCAAAUUCAAUCCGUCGUCAUGGCUCUCGGCGACUACAUGAACGUCCAAUGCCACGCUUGUAUCGGUGGAACCAACGUCGGAGAGGAUAUCCGAAAGCUCGACUACGGCCAGCAUAUCGUUUCUGGUACCCCAGGUCGCGUAGCUGAUAUGAUUCGUCGCCGUCACUUGCGCACUCGUCAAAUCAAGAUGCUCGUUCUUGAUGAAGCUGAUGAGCUGCUUAACCAGGGUUUCAGAGAGCAGAUUUACGACGUGUACCGAUAUCUCCCUCCUGCCACUCAAGUCGUGGUUGUCUCGGCCACCUUGCCUUACGAUGUCCUGGACAUGACGACUAAGUUCAUGACCGACCCCGUCCGAAUCCUUGUCAAGCGUGACGAGUUGACGCUAGAAGGUCUGAAGCAGUACUUCAUCGCUGUCGAGAAAGAGGACUGGAAGUUCGACACCCUCUGCGAUCUCUACGACACACUCACAAUUACUCAGGCUGUCAUCUUCUGUAACACCCGACGAAAGGUCGAUUGGCUGACCGACAAGAUGCGUGAGGCGAACUUUACCGUCAGCAGCAUGCACGGAGACAUGCCUCAGAAGGAACGAGACAGUAUCAUGCAGGACUUCAGACAGGGUAACAGCAGAGUAUUAAUCUCUACGGACGUCUGGGCUCGUGGUAUCGACGUACAACAAGUCAGCUUAGUUAUCAACUACGAUCUGCCAAGCAACCGAGAGAACUACAUCCACCGCAUUGGCCGAAGUGGUCGUUUUGGUCGCAAGGGUGUCGCGAUCAACUUCGUUACUAGCGAAGAUGUUCGAAUUCUCAGAGAUAUCGAGUUAUACUACUCGACUCAGAUCGAUGAGAUGCCGAUGAACGUGGCCGACCUCAUCACCUAAGGAAUUUAGGGAAUGGUGAUGAUGACGAUGCCGAUAGCUGAUGCAAGCAUGUGGCAGAUUAAUUAAACGAGGCUAUGAAGGGAUGAAUUCUGGUCAUGGGAGGAAAAGGGCAUGUCGCCUAGUACACUAUAUCUCAGAUUGAUCAUGCUAUUGACAAAGAAUCCGAUGCAUUUUCGAGAUCUGGCUUAUCGACUACGAGAAUUCAGUGGCCCACCCAAGAACAGUGGUGUAGGUGUAAAAUUGAAACCGUUUGACUUGCUUUUAGACAUGGUGAUUAAAUGGAGUUCCUAUCAAACUCUUCGAGGAGAUAUUGACACUCUAGGACUCGAUACGUGUUACUAAGUUGUUUACGUUACCUAGUAGUAUUCCGUGGUCAUAACAUAGGUGCCUACCUAGUAUUAGUAAGGCUCGGAUGAUAUUGUGGCUUGU